CUAGCCACUCGGCGGCGAUUGCGCUUUGGUGGUGUGUAGGCGCUUUUCAGCCCACGCUGACACCUUAGCGAGGCCCAGUUGUCCACUCGAGCCCCAGCGAAGCCAGCAGUGCUCUCUCUUUGCACGAACGUCGCCGCGUCAAGCAGCACAGCAGCAGCAAGCAGGAAAGCUCUUAAAAAAGCCCAGCCCAUCGCGCGGCGGCAUACUAAGCUCGACAGCGUCAAAAGCAAGCAGCGCACGAUGGCGGCCCUCGAGGAGGCCGCUCCCACGCAAGACGAGGAGGUCGCGGCGAUGUUCGACCUCAGCAAGAUGAAGAAGAAAAAGAAGAAGAAGAAAGUACAAGAGGAGGAGACGGCGAAGACCGACAGCAAGUACGCGAACUACACCUAUGAUGAAUUAUUGGACCGCGUCGCGAAGAUCAUCCAGGAAAAGAAUCCCGAGCUCGGCGAGAAGCGCCGGCAUACGAUGAAGCCGCCCCAGCUCAUGCGCAUCGGCACGAAGAAGACGCUCUGGGUGAACUACGCGGAGAUCUGCAAGGCCAUGAACCGGUCGCCCGAACACGUUUUUCAGUACUUUAUGGCGGAGCUCGGCACGGACGGGUCCAUCGACGGCACGCAGCGCCUGAUCAUCAAGGGCAAGUACAUGCCGAAGUACAUUGAAUCACUGUUAAGAAAGUACAUCGUCGAGUACGUGACCUGCCAGAUGUGUCGAAGCCCGCAGACGUCGCUGACGCGCGACCCCACGUCCCGGUUGUAUUUCCUGCACUGCCAGAACUGCGGGUCGUCGCGGAGCGUGACGCCGAUCCGGGCCGGCUUCCACGCGCAGACGCGCGCCGACCGCCGCGCGCUGCGCAAGUAG